AUGAAACCAAUAUUUUUCCUGUUAUUCACCAUUGCAGCAACCGCUAGAGGACAAAGAGAAGGAGAAUCAUGUAUCGACCAGUAUGCUAACUCAGUCGGCCGGUGCACAGUGGUAGACCAGUGUCAGUCAGCUAAGCGCGACUUUCAGUUAAAUGGUAUACGUCCUACCUUCUGCUCGUACACUACGUUCGGUGCCGCCAUAGUGUGCUGCCGUGAUGGUAGCAAUAUACUGCAGUCACCCACCACUAGAGAUGGAGAUCAAAGGCCUAUAUGGGGCAAUGCUGAUGGAGGUCAGACUUAUGGAAGAAGAGUCAGCGAGAGAAAAUGUGAGGAGUACAGCAGAGCAGUCGUAGAGAAGGUCCCGUAUAUUCCGUUGAUUCCCAAUCCGGAACCCUUCACAGUUUCUGCUGCAAAAUGUGACUAUACCGGAGUUGAACUUAUCGUCGGCGGUGAGAAUGCUAACCCUGGAGAAUUCCCGCAUAUGGCAGCAGUAGGCUGGGCGACUUUCGAAGGUCCUUACAAGUUCAGUUGUGGAGGCAGCCUGAUUAGUCCGCGGUUUGUGGUCACAGCUGGACAUUGUAUCCGAGAUCCCAGCGCGCAAAACGCUGAGCCGGUGAUCGUGAGACUUGGAGAUCAGAAUAUUGAUAACACUGUCAAUGACGGAGCUAAUCCUAUUGAUGUAGCCAUUCGCAGAAUCCAUAAACACCCUGAUUACCGUCCUCCGAAGGUCUACAACGAUAUAGCGCUACUGGAACUGGUAUCUGACGUGAAGUUCAGGUCGGCUAUCAGGCCAGCGUGUUUAUGGUUCCAGCAAGAUUUUAGAGGGCAUGAGAAGGUCAUUGCUACGGGAUGGGGAGUUGUGGAUACGCGAACCAAGCAGAGUGCAAAAGAGCUACAGAAGGUAUCCCUAUCAAUCCUCGACGAGGAUUUCUGCAAUGAGACUUUGAAGUUCUUCUUCAACCGCAACUGGCCUGAUGGUUUCCAGCCGACUCAGAUGUGUGCUGGGGAACUUAGCGGCGGGAAAGAUACAUGCCAGGGUGACUCCGGAUCUCCUCUGCAAGUAGUAUCGACGGACAACUCCUGCAUAUUCCACGUGGUCGGUGUGACGUCAUUUGGUCGAAACUGUGCUGAUAAAGGGCGACCGGCUGUGUAUACGAGGAUCGCAAGCUAUGUCGACUGGAUUGAAAGUGUUGUGUGGCCCGGAGAAUAA